CAGUAAUCCCUUUCACACCUUUUGAAAUGUUUCGUCCCAGAAGCCUUCCCGCGAUGACUACAUGGAGUCCAUGCCUAGGCCUGAUGUCCUGUAAUCACUGACUAAUGCCUUGUCAAACCUCGUCGGAUGGCGCGCGUCAAAGUAAGGUAAUCGAUUCACGUUCGCUGCAAUGACAACUGCGGCGUAGACUCAGCAUACGGCCGGGGCAAAGUGUACUUAAGGGGACAUGCUCUGCCUUCCUCGUCUUCUCUUUGUCCAUCCAUAGCACCAUCAUCGUCAACAGCUUCUCCCGCCUUCUAAGCUUCAAACACCCAGAACCGUCCCCAAGAUGUCGAAAGUCCCAAGCGCCCUCACCGACAUGUUCGAACGGAACCAAAAACACGCCGAAAGCCGAAAAGGCAUCCCCACCCUCAUGCAAAUGCACAACCGGCAGCGCACCCCCGACGACGGCGUGAUGAUCAUCACCUGCGCCGACCCGCGCCUGAAUCCCUACGCCAUCUUCGGGCUGGACGAGACGGCGCAACAACGAUUCCCCGUCGUCAUUCGCAAUGCGGGCGGGAGGACGUUUGAUGCUCUGCGCUCGAUUGCUGUGCUCGAUGCUAUUGGGUCGCCGUCGACGAUUGUGGUUAUGCACCAUAGCGAUUGCGGCAUGACGCAUUUCCACGACGCGGAUGUGAAGAACAUAUUGCUUUCGCGGACCGAAGACCCCGCGGAGCGCAAAUGGAUUGAGAAUACGAAAUACGGCGAGAUGCUGGGACCGCCCGAGGACAGCAUUCGAGAGGACGUGACGUUGCUGCGCAACUCGCCGUUCGUCAGAAAAGAGACGCAGAUUGUGGGGGUCAAGUACGAUGUCUUCAAAGGCACGGUGGAGGUGAUUAACGUUCCGUGAAGGGGGGGAUCACAUGGGGACGGAGCGGCGGUCGAUACUGCGAGCGCAUUGAUUCGGCGUACGGGGGAAUCAAGGCUUGGUGGCGGGUCAGCAUUGUUGAAAACUUGAUGUCAA